GCGUGUCCACACUCCAAAUCUUCUCUCUCUCUCUCUCUCUCUCCCUUUGCUCCUCAGCGAAGCAAAACAAAAAACUCGAUCCCAUCUCUGUAUUUGCACCCUUCACAAUUGACCAACACUCAAAACCCUGAACAGAAAGGGAAACCAAAACCCACCGAAUCUCUCAUUUCUCAAGGUAUAGAGAGAUUACUGGGUUUUUGGAGAUUCUUGGUGGUUUUUUCUAAAUUAACCCAAAUCAAUCAAACCUGUUGAAUAUCUGGUUUCUCAAGGUACAGAGAGAUUACUGGGUUAGAGAUUCUCGGUGGGUUUUUCCAGAAAAGAGAUUUUUUUGGGAAGGAAGGAAGUUGGGGGAUUCAUUUUCUCCCCCAACUUUGUGAUUAGUUGACAAGAAGAUGUCUAGUUUUGUGGGUGUUCUUGUUUCUGAUCAAUGGCUUCAAAGCCAGUUCACUCAGGUCGAACUUCGCAGUCUCAAAUCCAAAUUUAUUUCACUGAAGAAUCGGAAUGGUAAAGUUACGAUUGGAGAUUUACCACCUUUAAUGGUGAAACUGAAAGCUUUCGGAGAGAUGUUUAAAGAGGCUGAGAUUGGGGAAAUAUUGGCCGAAUCGGGUUCUGUUGAUAACGAGAUCGAUUUUGAAGGUUUCCUCCGGAUGUACUUGAAUUUGCAAUCUCAAGCUGCAGCAAAAUUGGGUGGUCCGAAGAACUCCUCAUCUUUCCUUAAGGCCACCACAACCACCCAUCUUCAUACUAUUAGUGAAUCAGAGAAAGCAUCUUAUGUUGCUCAUAUCAACAGCUAUCUCAGGGACGAUCCAUUUUUGAAGCAAUUUCUUCCUAUUGAUCCAGCUACCAAUGCUCUUUUUGAUCUUGCAAAAGAUGGAGUACUUCUAUGUAAGCUUAUCAAUGUUGCCGUCCCGGGCACUAUAGAUGACCGAGCUAUCAACACCAAAAGGGUACUCAACCCCUGGGAAAGGAAUGAAAAUCAUACUCUGUGUCUCAACUCGGCAAAGGCUAUUGGCUGCACUGUGGUUAAUAUUGGCGAGCAGGACCUAGUUGACGGGAGACCUCAUCUCCUGCUUGGGUUGAUUAGUCAAAUUAUAAAGAUCCAACUGUUGGCGGAUCUGAACCUUAGGAAGACACCGCAGCUUGUGGAAUUGGUGGAAGACAACAAUGAUGUUGAGGAUCUUAUGGGACUAGCCCCUGAAAAGGUCUUGUUGAAAUGGAUGAAUUUCCAUCUCAAGAAAGCAGGCUACAACAAAAGUGUAUCGAAUUUCUCUUCUGACUUAAAGGAUGGAGAAGCUUAUGCUUAUCUGCUUAAUGUUCUUGCCCCAGAACAUUGCAGUCCAGCCACUUUAGAUGCCAAGGAUCCUGCUGAAAGGGCUAAUUUGGUACUUGAGCAUGCAGAGAGGAUGGACUGCAAAAGAUACUUGACCCCCAAGGAUAUCGUUGAGGGCUCAACAAAUUUAAAUCUGGCAUUUGUUGCUCAGAUAUUCCAUCAAAGGAAUGGCCUUUCUACAGACAACAAAAUCUCUUUUGCAGAGAUGAUGACGGAUGAUGAGCAAACGUCUAGAGAUGAAAGAUGCUUUCGACUGUGGAUCAAUAGCCUUGGAAUUGCCACCUAUGUUAAUAAUUUGUUUGAGGAUGUCAGAAAUGGAUGGAUACUUUUGGAAGUGCUAGAUAAAAUUUCUUCAGGAUCAGUUAACUGGAAGCAGGCAACAAAACCUCCUAUAAAAAUGCCAUUUAGGAAAGUGGAGAAUUGCAACCAAGUUAUCAAGAUUGGAAAGCAAUUGAAGUUUUCCCUUGUCAAUGUUGCGGGAAACGAUGUUGUGCAAGGGAACAAAAAGCUUAUACUUGCUUUCCUGUGGCAGUUGAUGCGGUUCAAUAUGCUUCAACUCCUGAAGAACUUGAGGUCCCAUUCUCGAGGGAAGGAGUUUACUGAUGCUGACAUCCUUAAUUGGGCAAACAAAAAAGUGAAAAGCCGUGGCAGAACCUCCUAUAUGGAGAGUUUUAGGGAUAAGAACCUUUCAAAUGGACUAUUCUUCCUUGAUCUUCUCAGUGCCGUUGAACCAAGGGUUGUCAACUGGAACCUUGUAACCAAGGGUGAAAGCGACGAGGAGAAGAAAUUGAAUGCUACAUACAUAAUCAGUGUUGCUCGAAAGCUUGGAUGUUCUAUUUUCUUGUUGCCUGAGGACAUUAUCCAGGUAAAUCAAAAGAUGAUCCUUACCCUUACAGCCAGCAUCAUGUAUUGGAGCCUCCAACAAUCGGUGGAAGAUUCGGAUUCAUCUCCGUCCCCUGCACCGUCUGUUAAUAGUGAAGAUGAAAGUUCUCUGGGAGGUGAAGUCUCAAACUUGACUAUUGAUGAUGCGGCCUCUGAUACGACGGUCUCCUCACAGUUUGAAAACGAGGACCCCAUUGUUGCUUUCAACAUUUCCGCUGCCUCAAACAUUGCAAAUGAGGACACCCCUGUUGCUUCCAAUAACACAACCGAGGACACCCCUGUUGCUUCCGGUAAUACAACCGAGGACACUCCUGUCGUCACCCCUGAUGCUGGAGUCCCGCCACCGACUGAAAACGAGGAUUCUCCCGUGAAAGAAUGAACUGCAUAUUGCAGGUUUUUCACUUUUGAGGUCUCAGGCAGAUACUGGGGAAAUUGGUGAUGGGAA